CUUUUGAAAACAUUUUCAUCAAGUAAUCUAUGGAAGUUCAGUUUAUUUACUUGUCUUUAACACCUAUACAAGAUGAAGGAGCACUCUGGAGCAAAGAAAACAGAAUAUUUCAACAGAUGUCUUGAUAAACUCUUGUGAUUCAUCAUUUAUUACUUGCAUAAAUUGCAAAAGUUUGAUGCAAGAUUUUUGUACAGGGAGCAUAUGGCAUGUCAGUCAGAGAUUUUCCUCAGGGAGGGAUUACUGCAUUUGUAAUCUUCUCAGAAGUAACAUAACCUUGCAGCAAGUGAUACCUCCCUAUCUCUGUGACUGAUACAAACAGCCAUAAAUUUUCAUGAUUUCUCCCAUAUUUCUUAACAUUUUUCUCUUAACAUAUUCUCCAGAUUUUUUUUAAUCUAGACUAUAGGAGGUUACAUUUUGCAGAAUGAUUUUAUAGAUAUGAAAACAUGAAAAAAAUGAAAUCUGGUUAUGUUUAAGAGGGUUGAACAGUUGAAAGAAAAAGUGGAAUCAACAAAUGUUAAAUGAAACAGGUAAAUGGAAACUUGAACUACCUUGUUUCAAAGAUUAAAGUUUUGUUUCAAAGAUGAUUAAACUUCCUGUGGAUAUGGCAGAGAAAAGGAGAAUAUUUUACUGUUAGGAAGGUGAUUCAUGUAAAGUGUGGUUUGCAAGACAUCUUGAAUUGUGUUGAUUAUAGCAUUGUAUGAAAAUGUAAGAGGAUAUAUAUCAUAAAAACGGGCAAUGUUUGGAUGCCAGUGUAUCAGGCAGGGAUUUGUGUUCAUGUUUUCAUUGUUUUUCAAGUGGAAUUGUGAUUACCUGUAGGUAAUAAAAAUGCUUAUGAUAAGUGAUUGGCUAUAGAAGAUAGACUGUAGGUCACUCUAUGGUUAAUGUUUACCUGCUAGGAGGGUACAGUAGAUUUAUGUUGGAUAUUAGAAAGUGAAACAUGAUGGACUUGUUAGAGGUACAUGUUGGUAUAUACAUGACCGUACUGGUCUAUAAUACUUGUAGACUUAAAAUCAAGGACAUCAUUAAGCUGGUAGUAGGACGUUUAGCUGCUGGGGAUAGAUUUUUCUCAAAAUGUUUUGCAUUAAAGUUGGUUCACACAAAUUCUCGAGAAUGUUAUUGGCUACACAACAAUCUCACAAUGUACCAAGUAAAACAGAAAUACGAAGCUUCAAGACCCCCUGAUGAAUGGAGGUAUGAGUUAAGAGUGAGAUACCUGCCAAAGAAUUUUCAAGAACUCUACUCAAAAGAUAAAGUGACAUUCUAUUAUUUAUAUGAUCAGGUGAGGAAUGACUACAUGAGAGAUCUGGCUGAGAUUAUUGACCAUGACAUGGCUAUUAAACUAGGCUGUAUAGAAAUGAGGCGAUUUUUUAAAGAUAUGCCUCAAGUAGCUUUAGAUAAGAAGUCCAAUUUUGAAUACCUGGAGAAAGAAGUUGGAUUGAAACGAUUCCUGCCCAAAAAUGUGAUAGACUCAAUGAAGUCCAAAAAUUUGCGUAAGGCUAUACAGCAACAUUUUAAAGCAUAUGCUCAGUUGUCCGAGUCAGAAUGUGUGUAUAAAUUCUUCGAAACAUUGUCCAGAGUAAAUAAAUUCAACCAGGAGAGAUUCAAGUGUGCAUUAGGGUCUGGUUGGAGUAUAUCAAUGGAGCUUGUGAUAGGACCAGAUGUUGGUAUUAGCUACCUCACAGAGAAGGCCUCCACGCCAACUCAUAUGGCCGACUUCUCUCAAGUUCAGUCAAUACAGACAUUGAGUUUGGAGGAUGGUAAAGGGGUGUUACAGUUACGUAUAGCUGGGGCCGCUGAACCUCUCACCAUAACGUGUGCCUCGCUGGCCGAGGCCGAGGACAUGGCUGACCUAAUUGAUGGAUACUGCAGACUCGUUCAUGACAUUCAAGGUUCAUUCUGGACCAAAAAAGUUUCUGGCAAUGCAAAAUCCCCUGUUAUUGAGCUGAGAGAAUCAUCACCCAAAGAAGAAACAGUGCCUCCAUCACCUAAGAUCAGCACAAAUAAGAAAGAUGGAUUGAACAAGCUUGGGGAGCCACUUAGUCCUAAUGAAAGAAUAUCAGAUUAUGCAGAAAUUGUCGAAGAUGAGGGUGACUACAGCUCGCCUGAUGGACAAAAAAGAAAGGGGAAGAAAAAGAAAACUAAUGACUAUGAGAUACAAAGAGACAAGAUUAAAUUACUUGAUAUUCUUGGUAACGGCCAGUUUGGAGACGUCCAUAAAGGUGUUUAUAGAGAAAAGGAUGGUAACGAGGUACCUGUUGCAGUGAAGACCUGUAAGGAGGAUAAUGAAGAAUCUAUGACAGAAAAAUUCCUUGAAGAAGCUUAUAUAAUGCAGCAAUUUGAUCAUCCUCAUAUAGUCAAACUUAUAGGUAUAUGUUCUGCUGCUCGACCAGUAUGGAUCAUUAUGGAACUAGCUAGGCAUGGUGAGAUGCGAGCAUAUUUACAGAACAAUAAGCAUCGGUUAGACCUGACCACACUGAUCAUGUAUGCCUUCCAGCUUAGCACAGCUCUCUCAUAUCUUGAAAGUAAAAAGUUUGUUCAUAGGGAUAUAGCAGCAAGGAAUGUGCUAGUAUCAGCCCAUGACUGUGUUAAACUAGGAGAUUUUGGUCUGUCUAGAUGGGUGGAGGAACAAAGUUACUAUAAAGCAUCCAAAGGUAAACUACCGAUAAAAUGGAUGGCUCCAGAAUCUAUCAACUUUAGGAGGUUUACCUCGGCAAGUGAUGUUUGGAUGUUUGGUGUUUGUAUAUGGGAGAUUUUGAUGUACGGUAUCAAGCCAUUCCAAGGUGUGAAGAACAAUGAUGUGAUAGGAAAGAUAGAGAAUGGGGAGAGGCUACCCCUACCCCCAGGAUGUCCACCUUCCCUGUAUAACCUCAUGUGUGUAUGUUGGUCAUAUGAACCUUCCAAGAGACCUUCAUUUGCUGAUCUGAAAACAUGGCUUUAUGAAAUAUUUGAUGAGGAGAAAUACAGACUGGAAGAGGAAAUGCAGAGGGAUAACAGGAGAGUUAUAUCCUGGGGUUCCAAUGGGUCAGAAGAUGAACAGAUCUUGCCACCACCUAAACCUGCCAGGCCACAAUUCCCUAAUAUAUCCCCAGCCACCUCUUCCAGAAAUAUUAGUCAACAGAGUAUAGCCACUCCUCCAAAUAAUUGGAGCAACUCUUCCAAUCUUCCAGUAGGGCAGAGUACCCCAUGUGGGCCAAGCCCACAGCACCCAGUAGCAGGAUCUCAAGCUGGCCCACCACCUUUACCUAGAGAGAUUGAUCUGUCACAUUACUUUCCUUCAUCCACUGGUUACACCCAAGUUAAUCAGGUAUCGAGAGGUUAUAACCCUGCAGGUGUGUCGGCAGAAGGUUCACACUACAGUCAGGCCUCGGCAGCUGGACCAAGAGGUGGUACAUUCCCUGGUAGGGCCAUUGCCAGGAAUCCCCAGGAAUUAUCUGAGAUGGUAGGGGCAAGUGGAACUCAAACCAGGGGUUUCCAGAGUAAUAGGCAACUUUAUCAAGAUCAGGCUCUUGACUUCCGAGAACCAUUGCCGGUGAAUAAUCAUGUUACUAAGGAUUUAGAGCCGGAGGAGAUAGCAGAACGGUUACGGAUACAACAAAUGGAAUCAGAGAAAGAUGCUGAGUGGCUUAUCUCAGAAGAGAGAAAUCUUAAACGAGAUAUUCCACGCCCACAACCAGCUGCAGGCCCGCCUCCAACUACCCACAAUCCCUUACAUAUUGUUGAAGAAGGUGACAUUGUAAAAGAGAACACACCUCCUAAUACUCUUAGACAGACAGAAAUUAGACCAACAGUUACAAGAACUACAUCUGUCAACUCUAGAAUGUCCAGUACAAGUAAGUUUACUUUACAAUUUAAACAUUAUAUUUGUAUCUCCAUCUGAAUUAUGUAAAAUACA